UCGUCUACUUAUAUCGAAAAAUACAUUUUUUACAUUUAUAUGCCCACUGGCUUUGGGAAAAUUUAUAUCAACUGCUUGUGCUCAUUUCAGUAUAUGGAAGGUUUCCAUAUCCUAUGCUCACACAGUAAAAGCUACAAUGCCUUUAUUCACCAUAUUUUUAACCCGCAUAAUUAUGAAAGAAAAACAAACUACUCAAGUAUAUCUAUCGUUAGUCCCUAUAGUGUUCGGAGUUCUAUUAGCGUCGGUCACUGAACUUAGUUACGAUUCCCUGGGCCUUAUGUACGCCUUACUUUCCACGCUCGUUUUUGCGCUCAUGAAUAUAUUUUCGAAAAAACUCUUAUCCGAAAAGAAAAUACACCAUUUGUCGUUAUUGCACAUCUUAAGCUCAGUCGCGGUCGUGAUAUUUUUACCGUUUUGGUUCUACGUCGAUUUUAAAUUGCUCUAUAACGAUCGUUUUCAUAUACUCAAUCACGAGAACUUCUACAAAAUUCUCCUAUACUUAUUCCUCAAUUCGACCUGUAACUUCGGCCAAAACAUAAUGGCUUUCACGCUCCUGAGCAUGAUAGCCCCCCUCAGUUAUAGCGUAGCUAACGUUGCCAAGAGGAUUUGGGUUAUAAGCCUUUCCCUAUUUUUCAUGGGUAACAAAACUUCCAUACCUAACGUGAUAGGGAUGGCUGCAGCCAUCUUCGGCAUAUUCUUAUAUCACCGGGCUAAAUAUCAAAGCCGACUUCGCGAUGCCUCUUCUCACUUGGCCAACGGCGACCUACCUUUCCAUAACGAUGCCGCGUUAAUGGAUGCAAACAAGAAUUGCAGCAUAAACGGUAACCUCUUGUUCGAAACUGACGCCCGCAUUAGAGGGGCGGAACUCGAAAAAUAUCAGCUGACAUCGGUAUUGAGUCAGGGCUAUCUGAGCGAAGUGUGAUCUUAAGAAAAAAACCUUUACGGCAUUUGACUAUUUUUUUUGUAAUUAGGGCAGAAGUGUUUAAUGAUUCCGGUUAUCCGAUCUUUAUACCAUAUGUUUUUUUUAAAUAAAUAUGAGUCAAAAAAUGCAAAAACUCUUAAUUUUUAAAAAAAAACUAAAUUGGUUUUAUUUUAAUUGAUUUUUUUUAAAUAAAAAAAUGAUCAUUGAUUAUAAAUGAUAAUUUACUAUCAUAAAAUAAUUAAUGAAACUUUGCUCAGUUAAUAUUAUAUUUAAAGGGCACAAUUUUUUUUUAUAGUAAAUUUAUCACUUUUUAAGAUUGAUACGCCUAUUAAAUAUAUUAAAAUGCCAAAACACUAUUCCAACGAAUUUCAAAAUUAUUAUAAUAAUUUUUUUUAUAUGUAUAAAAUAUUUUAUUAAUAUAUAGUACGAUAUUUUAUACUUCACAAAUUUUUCAUAUAUAAUAGGGAAUAUAAUAUAAAACUGUUACUACUAGCAUAAAUUUAGACUUAUUGGUGCAUUUUUUUUUGAAUAUUAACGAAAAAAUAUUUAUAAUAAUAUUAAAUAAUAUCCGUUUGAUUAAUUCUACCCUGUUUCUUGUUUUAAAGUAUUUGUAAGAAAUUAUUUAUUAUUUUAACAUUGAUCACACAUUUCACUUAAUUUUUAUUUUAUUUUUUAAAUUAAAAUAAAUUAUAAUUCAUUUUAUUUUCCAUGCAAAAAAAACUGGAGGCCAGCAGAAACCCAAACCCCCGAACUUAGAAAAAUGUUGAUCAUUUUUAUGGCCCGGUCCCGGCCCGGAUAAUCGAGUUUGCAAAUUUUUUUCAAGCCCACCCUGGAUUUUUCAAAUUAUUACCAUUAUAUUUUCCCAAGUUAAACUUUUUAGAUUUAUAGAAUACAAUAAACGCCAGUUAUAUUUUGUAUGAUGACAAGACAAUCUACAUUUUUUUUAUCGAAUGCAUUUUAUAGUAAUUACAUUUAUCAUAUUGGGGUUUGACAUAGAGGAUUAUAUUAUAAUUAAUAUAUACUACCUUUGUACACCGCAAACGCAGUGAUAUUAUAGUU